AUGAAGGAACUGACUCUGGUGUCCUGCGUGUUGGGGAUGGCAGGCCAGGGCCCUGAUGUGACUGAGCCCACUCUGCAGAUGCUGUCUGGGUUGAGGCAGGCCGGCAUGAGGAGCGAGACAGUUGGGAAGCUGCUUCAUGACCACUGUGACUCCAGCCGUCGAAGUGAAGAAGCCCAAUUCUCGCGAGAAUUCCCCAAUCAUUGGUUGAAAACAGUAGUAUCCGUGGAGGAGCCAGGAGACUUGUCUGAUGACUGGGAUAUGGCGUCAGGCCAUAUGGACCCAUCCACCUGUGGAUGGGUCAUCCUUGGCGCUGGUGUUCCGCUGGGCAACACUGAGAUACUAUCUAAAGCCACCAGGGCCCAGAAGCUGCCUAGCAAUCCUCUCCUGUCCCCCCCGCCCGCGCUCAGGUUCAUGGCCACCAGCGACCUGAUGGCAGAGCUGCAGAAGGACUCCAUUCAGCUGGACGAGGACAGUGAGCGCAAGGUGGUGAAGAUGCUACUUAAGCUCCUGGAGGACAAGAACGGGGAGGUGCAGAACCUGGCCAUCAAGUGCCUGGGUCCUCUGGUGGGCAAAGUGAAAGAGUACCAGGUGGAGACCAUCGUGGAUGCCCUCUGCACCAACAUGCGCUCAGACAAGGAGCAGCUCCGAGACAUUGCCGGCAUUGGCCUCAAGACUGUCCUCUCGGAGCUCCCUCCUGCAGCCACAGGCUCCGGGCUGGCCACCAAUGUGUGCCGGAAGAUCACGGGCCAGCUGACCAGUGCCAUUGCCCAGCAGGAGGAUGUGGCUGUGCAGCUGGAAGCUCUGGAUAUCCUCGCCGACAUGCUGAGCAGGCUGGGUGUCCCGCUGGGUGCCUUUCACGCCAGUCUCCUGCACUGUCUGCUGCCGCAGCUGAGCAGCCCACGCCUGGCGGUGCGCAAGCGGGCAGUCGUGGCACUCGGCCACCUGGCGGCCGCCUGCAGCACAGACCUCUUCGUGGAGCUCGCUGACCACCUGCUGGACCGGCUGCCCGGCCCUUGCACGCCUGCCAGCCCUGCUGCCAUCCGCACCCUGAUCCAGUGUUUGGGCAGCGUCGGCCGCCAGGCCGGCCACCGCCUCGGAGCCCACCUGGACCGCCUAGUUCCCCUGGUGGAGGAUUUUUGCAACCUGGAUGAUGAUGAGCUCCGGGAGUCCUGCCUCCAGGCCUUUGAGGCCUUCUUGAGGAAGUGUCCCACGGAGAUGGGCCCUCACGUGCCCAGUGUGACCAGCCUCUGUCUCCAGUACAUGAAGCACGACCCCAACUAUAACUACGACAGUGACAAGGACGAGGAACAGAUGGAGACAGAGGACAGCGAGUUCAGUGAGCAAGAGAGCGAGGAUGAGUACAGCGACGACGAUGACAUGAGCUGGAAGGUGCGCCGGGCAGCGGCCAAGUGUAUAGCGGCCCUGAUCGGCUCACGGCCCGACCUGCUACCCGAUUUCCACUGCACCCUGGCACCCAUGCUCAUCCACCGCUUCAAAGAACGGGAGGAGAAUGUCAAGGCCGACGUCUUCUUGGCUUACAUCGUGCUGCUGCGGCAAACGCGGCCCCCGAAGGGAUGGCUGGAGGCCAUGGAGGAGCCCACACAGACUGGCAGCAACCUCCACAUGCUGCGGGGACAGGUGACCCUCGUGAUCAAGGCCCUGCAGCGGCAGCUUAAAGACCGGAGUGUCAGGGCCCGCCAGGGUUGCUUCAGCCUUCUCAGCGAGCUGGCGGGCGUCCUCCCUGGCAGCCUGGCUGAGCACAUGCCUGUGCUGGUAUCAGGCAUUGUCUUCUCGCUGGCUGACCACUCCAGCUCCUCCACCAUCCGGAUGGAUGCCCUGGUCUUUCUGCAGGGGCUGCUGGGCACGGAACCGGCUGAGGCCUUCCACCCUCACCUGCCCACCCUCCUGCCACCUGUGAUAGCCUGUGUGGCCGACCCUUUCUACAAGAUUGCGGCCGAGGCCCUACUGGUGCUACAGGAGCUGGUACGGGCCCUAUGGCCACUGGACAGGCCGCGGACACUUGACCCUGAACCGUACAUUGGAGAGAUGUCCGCGGCCACCCUGGCGCGACUCCGCGCCACUGACCUGGACCAGGAAGUGAAAGAGCGGGCCAUCUCUUGCAUGGGCCACCUCGUGGGCCACCUGGGGGACAAGCUGGGGCAUGACCUGGAGCCCACCUUACUGCUCCUCCUGGACCGCCUGCGGAAUGAGAUCACUCGACUGCCUGCCGUGAAGGCAUUGACACUGGUGGCUGUGUCCCCACUGCAGCUUGACCUGCAGCCCAUCCUGGCCGCGGCACUGCCCGUUCUGGCCUCAUUCCUGCGUAAGAACCAGCGGGCGCUGCGGCUGGCCACGCUGGCUGCCCUGGACGCCCUGGCCCAGAGCCAGGGACUUAGCCUCCCACCAUCUGCCCUACAGGCUGUGCUGGCUGAGCUGCCUGCCCUGGUCAAUGAGAGUGACAUGCACGUAGCCCAGCUGGCUGUGGACUUCCUUGCCACAGUGACCCAGGCCCAGCCAGCCUCUUUGGCGCAGGUCAGUGGCCCUGUGCUCUCAGAGCUGCUGCGGCUGCUGCGUUCACCCCUGCUGCCAGCGGGAGUGCUGGCAGCCACCGAAGGCUUCCUACAAGCUCUGGUGGGGACCCGCCCCCCAUGCAUGGACUACGCAAAACUCAUCAGCCUGCUCACUGCACCCGUUCAUGACCAGGCUGUGGAUGGUGGGUUGGGCCUGCACAAGCAGGUGUUCCACUCGCUGGCCCGGUGUGUGGCAGCCCUCUCGGCUGCCUGUCCCCAGGAGGCAGCAGGCACAGCCAGCCGCCUGGUCUCUGACGCCAGGUCGCCUCACUCCAGCACGGGGGUCAAGGUUCUGGCGUUCCUGUCACUGGCUGAGGUGGGUCAGGUGGCCGGGCCGGGCCCCCAGCGGGAGCUGAAGACGGUGCUUUUGGAAGCCUUGGGGUCACCCAGUGAGGACGUGAGGGCUGCAGCCUCUUACGCCCUGGGCCGUGUAGGCGCUGGCAACCUGCCCGACUUCCUGCCCUUCUUGCUGAGGCAGAUUGAGUCCGAGCCCCGGCGACAAUACCUGCUGCUGCACUCACUCAGGGAGGCCCUGGGAGCUGCCCAGCCCAGCAGCCUGAAGCCCUACGUCGAGGACAUCUGGGCCCUGCUCUUCCAGCACUGCGAGGGCCCUGAAGAGGGCACCCGGGGGGUGGUGGCCGAGUGCAUCGGGAAGCUGGUCCUUGUGAACCCUCCAUUCCUUCUGCCCCGCUUCCGGAAGCAGCUCGCUGCAGGUCAGCCACACACGCGGAGCACUGUCAUCACAGCGGUCAAGUUCCUCAUCUCGGACCAGCCUCAUCCCAUCGACCCCCUCCUGAAGAGCUUCAUCGGAGCAGGAGGAGGCGAGAGUCGCAAGAAGUGCGGAGCAAGGACCCUCCCCCCACCCAACCCUCGCUUUCCAGCGGAAAAGGCUGAAGGAGGCGACAAGCACAAUCCAGGGCAGGGCCUGCCCGGAGUUCCCGACCCCCAGAUGGCGGAAUCCACACUCAGCGCUCGGUCGCUAGAACCGGACCCGGCGCGUCAUCCUCCCUCCGGCAGCAGAAACUCUGCCCCUUUCCGAUAA